GGUGACUCAGAGACGCAUCUGAUCUGGGCUGAGGAUGUGGCGCAUGCGCGGUGCCUCUCUAUCAGUCGAGCGCAUCGUCGGCUGUACGGAGUGAAGAAGACCAGCUCCACCUCGGUGAUGACAGAUGUGAAGAAUGACUUCCUGCUCAGAGAUCUGUGGCUCGGAGUAUGCUGAGCAGAGCCAUGGUGCCCUCAGCAGUGGUUACCAGGGUUACGGGGUGCGCUCCUACCUGCACCAGUUCUACGAGGAGUGCACCGCUUCUAUCUGGGAGCGCGAUGAAGAUUUUCAGACACAGAGAUCGCCGAGUCGCUGGAGCUCUGUGCUCUGGAAGGUCUGUCUCGCGCUGGGGGCUCUGAUUCUGGUAUCGGGGUUAUCUGUGCUGCUGGUGGGCUAUGCCACGCCCCCUCGACUCGAAGCCUUCGGAGAAGAUGAGCUGCUGUUUGUGGACGGCCGUGCAGUGCGCUUCAACAGGGCCCUGGAUGCCUGUAAGCUGGCCGGAGCCGUGCUGUUCUGUGUGGGCGGCAGUGGGAUGGCAGUGGGGCUACUGCUGGCCGCCUGCUCUCAGGGCAGCUCCAAGGAAGAGCUUCAUCUGCAGCAGCGCUUCAAAGAGCGGCUCACUGAGAUCCAGGGCUCCGUUCAGCCCGUCACCCGCGCUCCCACCCCCGGAGACGCUAAGGUUCCUGUCACACUCUCCAAAGUACAAAGUGUUCAGCCCGGAGCCGAGACCUGAACUCUCAUCAACCAAACCACCCGUUAAAUGUCGUGCAAAACAAAACAACAGUUCCUGGAACAGUAGAGAUAGAUAACACUGUACUCUCUCUGGCACAUAUAAUUUAGUCUAUGUUGAGCAAGAACACUGAGUGUAUUUAUGGUGAUUAACGUUAGCGUUCCCUGUUGAUAUAGUUGUGCGCUACAGCUAGGAAUCAGAACACCUUUAAGAUGCUGUUCCAAAGAGCAAAAUAUUCUUCAGAGGUGUCAAGGCAUGUGCGUAUUAAUACUGAAUAAGCUAGAAUAGUUUCUCUAUUACAAUGACCCCAAACACAGCCCCUCACUGUAAUCGCAAUUUGAUACAUGAGAAAAGUUACUUGGUAAAACUCAUAAAUGAGCAGAAUGGAGGCCUGGCAUCAGCAGCAAAUUCAUCACGGCUGGCUUACUAACACUGUCAUUGCUCGUUCAGAAAGCAUCACGUUGGUUCAUUGCCGUCACCUAAGGUGCAAUUUGUUGCCAAAUCUCUCCUAGCGAAUGCUUCGCUUUCUAUUGCUAUGGUCAAUCAAUAGUUAGUUGACAGAACGCAAUGUGUUCCGAGCCACAGUUUCACACAUCUCAAUACCACGCAUCCGUUCUGCUCAAACACAUAUAUAUUUGGGUUAAGAUGCGCCUGUGGGAUUAUGUAAUGUCCUCUCUUUGUGUUGAAUAUCCUUCUUGCUCCAUCAUGAUUGCUCUCCUUACGCUAGUGUUCUGCUGGAGAUAACAUCAUCUUUUCUUUCUGUCAGCUUUCCUGUUUCGUGUUUCUCUUUGGCUUCAUGGUAUGGCAUGUGCCACUCAUUGCUAAAAACAAUUAUUUUGCUUAGGUAUUUGCAUCUUAUUAUUGUUAUAUUUUCUAAUUUGAUUAGCACAAAUGUUGCAUGAUGACAAUUCAGUGAAACUUUUUGUAAACUACUUUCAAGAAGGUUGAUAAAGAAUGAAAAACAGUC